GUGUAUCGAUUCUUGCGAGUGUGAAUCGAUGAUCUUGAAAUAUUUUAAGUUGUGUGAGAUUUGUUCCAGCAAACUAUUAACACAGAAACUAUUUAUGAUGAUUUUAUUUUACCAGAGGGUAUGGUAAAACAGCGAACCCGGCCAUCACAAAUUAUAAGCCGAAGCGAAGUGAGCGGCUGGAUCAUCACGUGGACUUUUAUAGCAAGCAAAAUACUCCGGAAAAAAUACUUUCGGCAUGUAAACAAUUUCAUCAAGUGGCAACGGCGAUUCAAAUAAAUUGUCUCGAUGGCGUCCGAUUAUAUUAUUUAUUUAAUUGCAUCCCCUCAGUUAAAGUACGAACGUCGCCAACAGGUUGCAGGGAAUCGAAAGCGAAACGAUUCUAUCCUUAACUGAUCGAUUCCAUGCGUUCGCUAUAGCGAUAGCAAACGCACUUAGGGAUCGACGAAUCGAUUCUACGUUCGCACUAAAUGUUAUCGCACGCCGGGGGCCGCUGGUUGACUCCGCUCCAAGCGUUGCUUUGCAUCAGGAAUCGAUUCCUGAAACGAGUCAACACGGGAAUCUACAAGAGAAAUGGAGUCGAUACAAGCGUAGCAGCCGCAGAGUGAAAACGGAGGCUUAGAAGGACUCCACUUUUAUUCCACCAGACCAAUUAUCUUCCCAAGAAAACUAAAGCAACAAUCUUCAACCGCACCUCAAUGGGUGCGUGUUUAACAAGACCUCUGGCAAACGUGCAACAUUGGCUUCGGCGUUCACCGACGAAAGGCAACACGCAUUUACGCCACACGGCUGCAAUGGAAAUGGAUGUUUAAAAAUACUUUCACGUGGUGGAAAUUAUUUUUUUUCCCUUCAUCGUACGUGCUCGUUCGCAGAAGACAUGGCCAAAAGAGAACCGGCAAACGAUGUUCGCACGAUGGCCAUCGGCAAAAGAAAAACGGGAAUGGAGGUUGGAAUGACGAGCGCAGCGAUGCCAUGCGUACAGGAGUGCGGUUCUGGCUCUGUGAAUCGUAGAUUUUUCCUCCCCAUACCCGAGACGUGGCCAGGAUUUUGAGACUGCUGCGGUGAGAAGAUCAACGUGGAUUUUUUUUUUUUUACAGAUGCCUAAUUUAUUGUAAAUUUAGUUUAAAAAAAAAAAAGAUAAAACUGCCAGAUAGGUCGCCUUGUGUGCAAGCCCAAAAAGAAACCAACUCUUGUGACGUUUCUACGGCCUCUGCAAGCCUACUCUCUCAAGGAUUCUCUCCGUUACCAAGCAAUGUUAGCUCACUGCGUAAUUCGCCAGGCUUAGUCGCUCGCGGCAGGGUAAAUUGGGGCUGCUCCGACCUGGUCCCAAGACGUCUCGCCAGCGUGGAAGUAGGAGGCCAAAAUACCCUCUGGUGGGGACCUCUCGUGCCCCCUUUGAUUGGAGACCCUUCUGUCAGCGGUGGCGUGUGCGGAGUAAUUGCAGGGCUGCACCUUUCCUUUCCGUUCAUUUUCAAUGUGGACACUUGUCUGCACGAGUAAUGGUUUUGCGCCGGGCCUCCCAUCGGCCAACGACAGUAACACCUCUGAUUAGCACGUUUGGCUACGUGCGAGAAGAAGUUCAACAUACAUACAACACAUUCAGCUUGCCGAUCAUCAUUAUCAUCAUCGCUUAAUGUCUAUACCGCCCCGACCCAAGGGACGUUUGAUAUCAUUACUCGGCAAGGAAGUAGCGAUCGCAGGUCAAACGCGAUGUUCAUAAACGAUACAAUUUAGACGGUACACCCAACGAUUGCCAUCACGUGACCCGGUUGGACCAAUCGGAGGCAGGCUGGCUGACCUCGGAUCCAAAAGGAAGCAUUGCUGGAAGGCGAAGGAGGGAAAUAUCGACAAGCUGCGGAAUUUUGGGUAACGCCGCAAUUUGUGAUUUUUCAAGAGCAGCAGCUUUUUGGGGGAAACGAACGGUGAAAUUUGGCGUGAACCUUUGGGAUUUUGGUGAACAGCGGGUAUAUCCACAGGCGGCAAUUUUUUUUUUGAAGAACAACUGAUUUUGGAGUUCAGCGGAAAAGUUGGGGGGAAUCGAACCGAGGACUUUUUGUGAGAACGGCAGAAUUUUGGCGAACGGAUUUUUUUCGGUGGAUUUUGGUGGUUGGUGGGGGGGGUGGCGGCGGCGGCGGCGACGCGCUACGGAGUUUGGGGGAUUUCCGCCGGAGAUUGACGUCGGCCAUGGCGGAGCACGCGGACCUGAUGGCCGAGCUGACGUCGGUGGAGCGGAUGAGUGCCCAGGAGCGACUGCGCCACGCGCAGAAGCGGCGUGCACAGCAGCUGAAGCGCUGGACGCAGCACGAGAAGGAGGAGCAGCAUGGCAAGCGGAAAAAGAAGAGAGCGGGCGGCAAAGGAGGAGGAGAAGGAGGUUCGGGAGAUGCAAAGACGGGCUUGGCCGGGACGUCCGGUAAAGCAUCGCCCCAGAAAAGCGUGCGUUUUACUCCCAACAUCACCCUGUUGGAGGCCGCAGCACGGAACGACGUCGAGGAAGUGAAACAGAUUCUGGAGACCCGAGUUAACCCUGACCUCUGCAAUGAAGAUGGACUCACCGCCCUCCACCAGUGCUGCAUCGAUGACUUUGAGGAGGUGCUCAAGCUGCUGCUGGCGUACGGCGCCAGCGUCAACGCUGUGGACAGCGAGCUGUGGACGCCCCUGCACGCGGCCGCCACCUGUGGCCACCUGCACCUCGCCCAGCAGCUCGUCGAGCAUGGCGCGGAUCUGCUGGCCGUGAACGCCGACGGGAACAUGCCCUACGACAUCUGCGAGGAUGAGGUCACCCUCGACUACAUCGAGACUGCCAUGGCCUCCAAAGGCAUCACCCAGGAGACCAUCAACAGCAAGCGCUGCGCAACCGAGCUGAGCAUGAUCCACGACAUACAGGAAGUGUCACGCAGCGGAGAGAACCUGGACGGACGCGACGAGCACGGGGCCACGCUGCUGCACAUAGCGGCAGCGCACGGAUACCUGCGUGCCGCGGAGCUGCUCCUGGAGCUGGGGGUGAGCGUGGAGUGCAAGGAUCGCGACGGCUGGGAGCCACUGCACGCAGCUGCGUGCUGGGGUCAGCUGGAAAUGGCCGAGGUGCUGGUGUCUCACGGAGCGAGCUUCGAUGCCAAGACCUACCAAGACGAGACGCCGGUUGACCUGUGCGAGGACGAUGACAUGCGGCAGAGGCUCGUGGACCUGAAGAUGAAGAGGGACGCCAUCAUGAGGACCCAGGGCCACGCGAGGUCCUCGCUGCAGAGGAAGACUUCCAGCGUUGGCAGCCGGGGCAAAGUGAGCCGCCGCGUGAGCGUCAACGAACGGAGCGACCUUUACCGCCGUGAGCACCGCGAGGAGGCCACCCUGUGGAUGAAGCUGGACAGCGCCGGGGUCGGCGCGCGGGCGGUGGCGGCGGCGGCGGCCGACGAAGACGAAGACGGCGCCGGGCCGCAGGCCAGACAGAGAGCGCGGCAGAACGGGGGACUCGCCGAGGCCCCUAGCCGCAACGCCGCUCCGCACAAAUCCGGCAGAGCCCCCAAACCGCCGCACCAAGCGGCCUCCGUGUGCCCCCCGCGGGCCUCCGGGCAGCCGCACGCCACCGCCUCGACGUCGUCGGCGGCGGCGGUGACGGCGGCGGUGGCGGCGGCAGCCGCGGUGGCAACCGGCGCCGCCCGCGUCCCGGCGUUCCUCGACGACGCCGUCGCGGUCGCCGCCGCCGAGCCCGCGGCGCUCCACCGCACGCCGUCGUACGUCGACACGCUGCGCAGGCGCGCAGGCAACUCUGGGCUGGCCCAUCACUCCACGUCGUCGCUGCACCAUCACCACCACCAUCACCACCACCAUCAGCACCAGCAACAGCAGCAGCAGCAGCAGCACGAACAGGAAUCGUCCACCUCUGACGGUCACCUGACCAACCUCUCGUCACCCGACGAAGUGAACCUUUCGUUGGACUCUCCGACGCCGCCCGCUAGUCUCUCCCCUCCUUCGGCUGGCGGCGGCGGCGGCGGCAGCGAAGCAACCGUGGUGGAGGCGGAGCCGGCCAUGAGCCGGGCUCGCUCACGGCAGACGCUCGCCGAGCUCAAGCGGCAGCGUGCGGCGGCGAUGCUGCGCGGGAGGGCGCUGUCCCUCGAGGGGCUCGCCCUCUCGCUGCUGCCGUCGGCUGCCGGCAGAACGUUGGCCGUCAACGGGGGACUGCCCGUCGUUCCGGAGGAGGCAUCGGCCGCAGGAGGGCGAGGAGGAGGAGAAGUCGCGCCGCGUCUCGCCGCGUCUUACACUUCGUUGACGGCGACGCCGCCGCAGCACGACCCGCCGCUCGUCAAGUUCCGCUCGAUGAACUCGCUGGACAUCGUCGGAGAGGCGAGGAACACGCGGUGCUGUGUCGUGAUGUGACGACGGAUGUGGCGAUGACGACCGCGACCGAUAACACCCGGAUUGGUCUCGUGGCCCCUUGCCAGCAGAGAGCAAGCCUUCCGCGCUUACACACGUUGGCCUCAAAGUGCACACUCGCCGGGUGCUUGCAUUGUGGUGACAUCACCACCACGUGGUGGUGAAUAGGGGAUGCUGCUGCUGCUGCUGCUGUUAUCAACAGCAACAACAGGGGGCAUAAUUGGCAGUAGCAGCCACGGUAUUGAGUCGCAUGCAGGGGCGGAGCCAGGAUUUUCAGCCCGGGGUGACAUUCAACAAAUUUUAAUUUCAAGAAUGGUUAGAGAGUCAGGCUGUUGAACUAGACGCCACCGGUUGGCGACACGCUCUGA